AUGUGUAAAGUUUUUCCCACCUCACUGAAGGGGCCGACACUCAAUUGGUUCACGAGGCUUCCCCCCAGAUCAGUAGACUCAUUCACGGCCCUAUCGUCUCGGUUCGUGAUACAAUUUGCCACGAGCCGUCCUCAUCAGCUCACGUCAAUCGCAUUGGUCAACAUCCGCCAAGAAAAGAAGGAACCUCUUAGAACUUUCAUGGAAAGGUUCGGAAAAAUGACAUUAUCCAUUUGUAACUUGGACCCGGCCGUAGCAAUGCAUCACUUGACCACGGCGCUGCGACCCAGACCCUUCGUCAACAGCCUGUGCAAAAAACCACCCCGAGACCUGGAUGACCUGAGGCAGAGAGCCACGAAAUACAUGCAGAUGGAAGAAUUGGCCGAAUUUCGAAGUCAGAACCGGCCCGACCUAUUUCUCGCCAAAAAAGAAAGUGAGAAGGAACCUUCCAAGCCCCGGCCCCGAGACGUAAUUGAUCAAGAAAAGAAUGCCAGGGGUCCCAGAUAUAUGCACUAUACACCGCUCAACACCAGCACAACCAAAGUGUUGGAACAAGCCUUGGCCACAAAAGUCCUAGCAGUUCCUCGGAGAGCUAUGACUCCGCCCCACGCGGAUAAGACGAAAGCAUGUCAGUUUCACCGGAAUAGGGGGCACACUACUGAAGAGUGCUCUGCGCUUCGGGAUCGCAUCGAGGAUCUCAUCAAAGCAGGCCACCUUCAAAACUUUACCCGGUCGACAGAUAAUAGAAGGAACGACUACCGUCCUGACCGAAGGGGUGCCUCCUAG